AUGUCUUUAAAUGUCAGCCGACGAAUCAGCAGCAAAAGCUCAAGGCUUGAGCUGGCUCUUUCGACAGCUGAAACGUGGCAGGUCAUCCGCAAGAAGGAGAAUCUGUUAAGAUUCUCAUUUUUCGAGGAAGACUUUGGGUUUCCAGGUUCUUUCGGGUUUCCUGACUUCAGGAAGAAAGCAAUUGCCACGAAUCAACUGAAGAACAGAUUCAUGCACCUGUCUCAGCUCGAGUUCCAUAAACGCCAAGAUGAGGGUGCCACCGAGCGAGGGGAUCCUCCUGUUCACGAUCCAGAACUUGGUCUGCGGAUCGGUCGUGUCGACCUCGACGACCUCCGCCUGCCGAUCCUGCAUUCGGGUGAGAGACUGACGCCCUUAUUGGCAAGGGCCAAGGUCAAGGGGGGAGCCGGCUACGUGAACCUGCUGUUCUUUCUCCCGGCGAGGAUGAGCAACUUCCUCUCUUACCUGAAGACCAACUGCUUCACGUCGACCUAUUUCGACAGCACUGCUGGCACCACCGGCAACAAGAUCAUCGCAUGCAGCACCACGAAUCUGGCAGACAGCCACCGGCUGAUGUUGCUGCGCAAGGACGAAGGAGAACCUGUCAUCUUCUCACUUCAAGCACUUCACUCUCACUUCAAGCAAUGCACUCUCUCACUUCAAGCACGGAGGGGGACAGGAUGA